AUUAGAUGACAGAGUAGAUCACCUGGAUUACAGAAGCACAGGCAGCGGACGGGGGACCGAAGUGCUCAGAUAAAUGUUCGUGGCCAUGGAAGAGCUGGCCGUCUUUACCUCCGUCAUCUGAGGCAGGGGCUGGGAGCUGCACGGAAGGAACUUUUUCAGUUUGGUUCCCAUCCACGGACGCCCACCGUGGCAGACGGAGGUCCGGCUGUCCGUCCUCACCCAGCCCCAACUCGCCUCCCUUCGGUAAGGUCAGCACUCGGCGUUGCGUCUUCACAACCAGAACAAGAAGGAAGAAUUUGGUCUGAUGAUGGCCUCUCCAUUGUCAUGUCUCCCGGAGGAGGACGAGAGUCUGAAGGGAUGCGAGGGGUACAUGCAGAAGCACCGCAUGCAGCAGGUCCUCAAGGAGUGCAUCGUGCUGCUCUGCAUCUCCAAGCCUGACCGCCCCAUGAGGUUCCUCCGGGAGCACUUCGAAAAGCUGGAGAAGGAGGAAAGCAGGCAGCUCUCCGCACAGCAGACGUCCGGCUCACAUGACGACGAGGCCCCGCCCGGCCCGCUGGGCACCAUGGCCAAGACACGACACCGGCGCGGGGGCGUGAGCGCCGAGGUCUACACGGAGGAGGACGCCGUCGCCUACGUCAGGAAGGUGAUUCCCAAAGAUUAUAAGACCAUGACGGCGCUGGCCAAAGCCAUCUCCAAGAACGUGCUCUUUGCCCACCUGGACGACAACGAGAGGAGUGACAUCUUCGACGCCAUGUUCCCGGUCACGCACAUCGCGGGGGAGACGGUCAUCCAGCAAGGGGACGAAGGAGAUAAUUUCUACGUAAUUGAUCAAGGAGAAGUAGACGUCUAUGUGAACGGGGACUGGGUGACCAGCAUUGGAGAGGGGGGCAGCUUUGGGGAGCUCGCGCUGAUCUACGGCACCCCCAGAGCGGCCACCGUGAGAGCCAAGACGGACCUGAAGCUGUGGGGCAUCGACCGGGACAGCUACCGCCGCAUCCUCAUGGGCAGCACCCUGCGGAAGCGGAAGAUGUACGAGGAAUUCCUCAGCAAAGUCUCCAUUUUAGAGUCCCUGGAGAAGUGGGAGCGCCUGACGGUGGCCGACGCCCUGGAGCCCGUCCAGUUUGAAGAUGGAGAGAAGAUCGUGGUCCAGGGGGAGCCUGGGGACGACUUCUACAUCAUCACGGAGGGCACGGCCUCCGUCCUCCAGCGCCGGUCGCCCGGUGAGGAGUACGUGGAGGUGGGGCGGCUCGGACCCUCCGACUACUUUGGCGAGAUCGCGCUGCUGCUGAACCGGCCGCGCGCGGCCACCGUGGUGGCCCGGGGUCCGCUCAAGUGCGUGCGGCUGGACCGGCCCCGCUUCGAGCGUGUGCUGGGGCCCUGCUCCGAGAUCCUCAAGAGGAACAUCCAGCGCUACAACAGCUUCAUCUCCCUCACCGUCUGAGCCCGCGGGGCCGGGCAGCCGGGCGGCCCCUCCUGUGGAACCAAGUCGUCACCUGUGCGCUUGGCCACAAAGAGCACAAGCAGGCGCCCCCCAAGCCCCCUCCCGCCCACCCCAGGUCCUCAGGAGCCCUCACCAGAGGCUGCCGGUCAGGGGGACGGAGGGGUCCCCUGGGUGUCCAGGUGCCUGGCGGGGUGGUCUGUCCUGCUCGAGGGCACCGCGAGGCCCAGGAUGUGGCCGUGGAUGCUGCCACGGGAAACACGGGCUCAAGGAGGGGUCACGGCAAGGAGAGAAAGGGGUUCGCACGGGCUCCCCCACACCCCUCACCCAAGAGGAAGGCGUGGCCGUGCCGGCGCCAGGUAAAACUGCACCGGGGCGUUCCUGGGUGUUUGCACAAUUCCAAGCCAACUGGCCAAGGCCCCCUUCUCAGAGGAGCCCCUUUCCAAGGCAGUUUCGGAGACCUCGAAGCCCCUCCCGAGUCAGCCUCUACCAGGGGGGCUCCCGCUGCCUGGUGUCACCCGCCUUUAAGGACACCCCCUGCCCCCCUGCCCCGAUCACCCUGGGCCAGCUCGACUCUUGGUGGGCAGCCCAGAGGGUCCCUCAAAAUCGGAUGACCUGAUGCCACUGUCCCUCCUGCCUGUGCCUGUCUGAGGGGGCGACUCGGCCCCAGGUGCGUGUCAGAGUCCCCCGCUGACACGCACGCCCCAUUCCAUCCGCCCCGCGGGCCCGGCCGCGUGCAGCUGCCCCGACAUGGCUGUGCUGUUUGUGGACGUGUAAAACCUGCCUGUGCUAACUCGCUGCCCCAAACACUGCAUGUAACAAUUAAACGUGCAAUGAA